AUGGUCAUCUACCCAGUGGAGAGGGUAGCUUCCUGGACCAAAAACAAAAGAACCGGAGUGGCCUUAGGAUCAAGAAAAUUAGACUGGGGAGUUUUGAGUCCAGAGGAUCCAGUUGAUGAGAAAUCAUAUGAGGAAAAUUCAUACCAGCAAAGCUCUUCAACUGAGACCCUUGAGGACCAAGGAAAUCAUGAGACCAAAUCCAAAAAAAGUCAAAGCAUAUUGAAUAAAGUUGAGUCACCAUCAAUAAUCGAUAAUUCUUCUGGGGGUAACCCAGAUAUCAAGAAAAAGCGGAAAAAGAAAUCUCACAAAAAGCCAAAGAAGGAUCAAAAUUACAAUUCCCAAAAUAUUGAAGAAUUCAAAGAGGCAGAAAAGCUUUUACCAAAUCAAGAAAAUAAAGUGCAAAAUCCUGUCAGAGAAGCCAACAUAACUUCAAGGACAAGAAUCAAGGGAAAUAAAUCUCAGAUACCUAAAAAUUCAAUUCCCAUCUGA